UAACUUCCGAUGACGUUUGUGGCGCCAGAAAUCAAGGGUUUAGUGAGGAUCCAAUGUGUGUGUGUGUGUAUGUGCGCGCACAUGUUUGUGUGUGUGUGUCAGCUGGCGGUCACUGUGCUAUGUGGAAGGUCCAGUAAGCGCCGCACAUUAUCAGGCUGAGCAGCGGCGGACUAUCCGUGGUUUGUGCUGGUAUAUGAUCGGGUUGUGGGCAAGAUGGUGAUACUACGCAGCAGCAGCGGGGGCGUCGGGGCUGAGCCGGCGACAACUCCGAAGAGGAGGUCGAUGGAGUUGGAUACAAGCGGCGACUUUCUGUCGCUGAUUCCCGCGUCGCACAAAAAGUCCGCCCGGGUGACCCGCUCCUCCCGGGCUCUGGAUGGAGGCUUCACCGGCCACGACGACAGCACUGUGAAUGGACACACUGAUAUGAGGCAGGAUGAGGGAAGUGGUGUCCAUCUCUCUCCAAGGACCAGAGGACAGAGAAUGAAGCAAGAGGUCUCCUAUGCUGACAUGGAGCCAAAGACCAGCUCUCCUGUGACUGAAGAAAAGGAUAGCACCAGAAAAUCUUCCAGGCUUCAGAGAGAAGGAAACGCAUCCAGCGGAAAGCAGCAAGCAGAUGUUCCAGAUGAGGUAGAAGGGUCGUCCACUCCCAAGAGGAGCCGCUUUAACCUACAAAGCAGAGAAGUGGAGGAGGAAGAGGAGGAGGAUCGCUCAGUGCGACGUAGCUCCCGAAUUACCAGAUACAAACUGGAUUCCCGCAACCAGUCAGUGCUCUACGAUCGGCUCAUCACCAACACUGCUGAAGCUGUCCUCCAGAAGAUGGACGACAUGAAGAAGAUGAGACGGAGACUGAAGAGCAGAGAUAGAGACACUAAAGAUGAGCUUGGCGUUUACACUCGGGGCCAGAUGCGAAGGUCUCUAAGGACGAAUGUGGAGAGCAAAGACCCUGAGGAGGAGAACCAAGGAGGGGACAAGGAGGAUCAUGAUAAAGAGGGGGAGCAAGAUAGAGAAGUUGAUGAUGAGGAGGAAGAAGAUGAUGACGAAGAUGGCGAGGAUGAGGAAGAAGAUAACCAGAGGCGCUACGACUUCAGACAGCGAAAGACUGUGGUUCGCUAUCAGGCCCCACAGGAUGAACCCAGAGAGCCCAGGAAGCGCAGCUUGUACUACAAAGACCACUCGUCCCCUACCAGAUGCAGGUUCAGAUUCUCUUCCACGGCCCCCAGGAGCCCCUACAACAGAAGAAGAACCAGCCGGAGUAGUUCUGAGAGAAGGAGACAUGCCAUCCACAGUAGCGACUCUACGUCCUCAUCUUCAGAUGAUGAGAAAUUCCAGAGACGAAGGAGUAAGAACAGGAGCCGGCCAGUCAACAGAUGUUUACCAAUGAACCUUGUGAAGGAAGACCUGCUGGGAAUCCAGAAGGACAGGAUGAAGAUUGGAGCCAGCCUUGCUGAUGUGGACCCCAUGUGCAUAGACAGGACGGUGGGCUUUGGCAGCAUUGGGGGCUUGAGUAGACACAUCUCGUCACUGAAGGAGAUGGUGGUCUUCCCUCUCCUCUACCCAGAAGUCUUUGAGAGGUUCAAGAUACAGCCACCCAGGGGCUGUCUAUUUUAUGGUCCCCCCGGCACAGGGAAAACCCUUGUAGCCAGAGCGCUGGCCAACGAGUGCAGUCAGGGGGAAAGAAAGGUGUCAUUCUUCAUGAGAAAAGGAGCUGACUGCCUCAGUAAGUGGGUGGGAGAAUCUGAGAGACAGCUACGCCUGCUGUUUGACCAGGCAUACCAAAUGCGUCCCGCCAUCAUCUUUUUCGAUGAGAUUGAUGGUUUGGCUCCAGUCAGGUCCAGCCGUCAGGAUCAGAUCCACAGCUCCAUCGUGUCGACCCUCCUGGCUCUUAUGGAUGGAUUAGAUGCUAGAGGAGAGAUUGUUGUGAUAGGAGCCACAAACAGACUGGACUCCAUCGACCCAGCUCUGAGAAGACCAGGACGCUUUGACAGAGAGUUCCUCUUCGGCCUGCCUGACAGAGAGGCUAGAAAGGACAUUCUGAAGAUCCACACCAGACAGUGGACCCCUCCGCCCUCUGACACUUUUCUGGAGGAAUUGGCUGAUAAAUGUGUUGGUUAUUGUGGAGCAGACAUUAAGGCAGUGUGUUCAGAGGCUGCCCUUUGUGCGCUGCGGCGUUGCUACCCACAAAUCUACUCCUCGUCACAGAAACUUGUUCUUGAUGUCAACUCCAUUGCCAUCACAAACAAAGACUUUAUGUCCGCCAUGUCUAAGAUGGUGCCAGCUGCCCAGAGGGCGGUGGUAUCACCAGCCAAAUCCCUGAUUCCUGCCAUCCUUCCUCUGCUGAAGGCCCCCCUGCAGAACAUUCUCCACAUGGUCAGCAGAGUGUUCCCGCAUGCUGAGAAGGGCUUAAAGAGGAAGAGAGGACAAGAUGUGGCCUGUGGUGUGUCUGAGGAUGACCUGAUGUUCAGUGAGGAUGAGGAGGUCUGCUUCACCUCGCACACUCCACGCAAAACGCCUGCUGUGAAGGGACUCCUCAACCUCAACAGGAGUGUGCUCAGCCAGCCGACAUCCUACCGUCCCAGGCUGCUGUUGGAGGGCAGACCAGGCUCAGGUCAGAGCUCCCACCUGGGUCCUGCUGUCCUGCAUGCUCUGGAGAAAUUCACAGUGUACACCCUGGACAUAGCCGUGCUGUUUGGAGCCAGUGCAACAGCACCAGAAGAGACCUGUGCUCAGAUUUUUGUUGAAGCCAAGAGGACCUCUCCCAGUAUCCUGUACAUCCCUCAUAUCGGACAGUGGUGGGAAACAGUGGGUCCUGCCUUAAAAGCCACAUUCCUCAGCCUGCUUAGCUCGAUACCUGCUUUCUCUCCUAUACUGCUGAUGGCCACCUGCAACCUGCGAUACGACCAACUCAGUAUGGAGGUACAGGAGUUGUUUCGGGUGGAGUACGGAGAGGUUUUCCAAGUCCAGGUCCCCACCAGCAGAGAAAGAAGAAACUUCUUUGAGGACCUGAUCCUAAACCAGGCUGCCAAGGCCCCUGCCUCAAAAAAGAAGGCUGUGCUCCGUGCUUUGGAGGUGCUCCCUGUUGCCCCUCCUCCUCCUCCACGUCAGCUAACGGAAGAGGAGACCCAAAAAUUGGAGGAACAAGAGGAAGACACCCUCAGGGAGCUCCGCCUCUUCCUCCGUGAUGUCACCAACCGACUGUCCCAGGAUAAACGUUUUAAGGCUUUUACAAAGCCUGUUGAUUUAGAGGAGGUUCCAGAUUACGCCGAGGUGAUCAAGGAGCCUAUGGACCUUUCAACAGUUCUCUCUAAGAUCGAUCUCCAUCGGUAUGGGGCAGUGAAGGAGUUCCUGCAAGAUGUGGAUCUUAUCUGGCAGAAUGCACUCGAAUACAACCCUGACAGGGACCCCUCAGACCGUCAGAUCCGCCACAGAGCGUGUGCCCUGAAGGAUACUAUCCAUGCCAUCAUUAGAGAUGAACUGGAUGAAGAUUUUGAGAAGAUUUGUGAGGAAAUCAAAGCAUCACGCAGCACAAGAGGUAGCCCGACUACCACCCGGUUUGCUCCCUCCUUUUACCACGUCCUUCCCAAACAGCCCAAGUCUCCUGCUGAGGACAAGAUCACAGACACGACCCCACAAAGAGAUCCGGCUGGAGCCACAGCUGCUGUUACCCCCUAUACAACUUCCUCUGCUUUCACAACUCCUAAAAACACAGCCCAGAGGAAGAAAAGAAGAAAGAGUCGCUGGUCCGCUGGCGUAUAUGUAAAGAGGAAGUCUUUUUCCUCUCCUCACCUGUCCAGAGAUGACAUAAAGUUAGGGUCUGAUGAGGAUGAGGUGGAUGGAGACGAUGAGGAGGAGGCUGAGAAGGAAGGUAGCCCAGAGCCUAUGAUGGAACAGGAAAGCCAGGAGAAGGAGGAAAAAGAGGGGAGGAGUGGACCUGCUGAAGAUGGGGUUAUCCUGUCUGAAAAUGAAAAUGACCACUACAAGCGGGAUGAAAAAGAAGAGGUGGACAAAGCUGUAACAGAUGAAUUAGAAGAAAAUGACAAAGCAUUGACAGAGGGAGGGGAUGCGAACAGCAAAACCCUUUCAGCAAACACUAAGAAUGUCCUUCUCACUGAGACAGAGAGAGGAGAUCAUCACAAACAGUCCAUCACAGCAGAGAGAGGUGAAACUCAAGACCAAAAGCUAAAGGAAACUGAGACUGAGAAAUGUCAAACCAUACAAAAGGGGGAUGAGAGUAAUAAGGUAGCGACUGCAGAGGAGAUUGCACUGAACAGUCAUGCUGAGCCAAUGGGGGUGGAAGCAACGGAAACCUCAACCACAGAUGCCUCUGCAGCUGUCAGAGGAGAGGAGGACACGCACACAGAGCGGAGCGUGAGGCGAAGGACUCGGUCUGUAAAAAGCUCUGUGCUGCAGCAGCAGAUGAUCGACGUGGACAAAGCUCUGCAGAUCCUGGACAAGGAAGUUCCACUACUUGUGGUGGACAGAGACAAAUUAAAGGAGCUGUUGGAGAGAGUAGUGACCAAGACUGACAGCUUUGAGGUUUACAAGCUGGAGAAACUCUACGCUCUGCUCUGCCAGAGCAUUUACAGACACAGACGAGACUUCAACAAAACAGCACUAAUACAGGAGAUGGACCAGGAGAUAGAAGAUUUCCAUUAACUUUUCAACAGGAACCGCGUGACCAUUUUUAUGUGUUAUGCUCAUCAUCCUUAUCAAAUGUGUAAAUAUACAAACAUUAGCUCUAUUUUCAUAGAAAUCGACUGGCACAUAUUUUUGUGCUUUAGCCAAAACUUUGUAACCUCGUUUAUAUUUAAUUAAACUGCUUUCCUCUUAA